CAAGCAUGGCCAUUCAAGUUAUUACCAAAUUCAACGAGGCAUGCUACACAAUCGUGUAUAUAUCAGCCAAGCAUGUGGAAAAAUAAGAAUUUUAAAGAGUCACAUUCUAUUGAUUGACGAUGUGGGAAUAUUGAAAAUGUAUCGCACUAUAAUACUGAAGUACACAAACAAGCUGUGCUCUUGUCAAUCAUAGACAGCGGUCUGCAAGAGGCUGCGCGUCAUCAGUGAUUGCUAACGCUGCAACUUAAAGGGACCUUCCCAGCUGACUCUAAGGCGAUAAAUACAAACGGCACGUGCUGGGAGGUAUUUAACACUCCGGAAUUAUGUUCUAGAGCAUAUCUAAAAGACAUAUCAAUUGGUGAUUAACAAGAAUUUUCGAAAAACAAAUCUUGGGGAUAAUUUUCAAAGAUUCUGGAAAAUCUAGUGUGCUUAAAGUAUCUUUGAAGUUUCCUCCCGACUUCCUUCUUUGAAGGACUGCCAUCAUUUAUUUCGACUUAGAAGACAUUCCCCUGUCGCAAGCAUAAUUGCUCUUCUCGUGAGUUCCAAAUAAAAAUGACAAACAAUUUGUGAUCGCAAGGAAAACGCCAGUUAUGGAUGACGCCGUGACAUUUAGAUACAGUAACCUCAGCAUGAAAUACAAUGUAAACGAGUCAAUGGAAAACGUCACAAUUCUCUACCAAACACAGACCGAUACAGCCAGCGCAGUGAUAACCCCGACAUGCGAGAUCGCCUCUCAGAUAGAGAUUAUUGUUAUGGGGUACUUAUCGCUCUUGAUCAUCGUCCUGGGAAUGAUCGGAAACAGUCUAUCUAUCGUCGUGCUAACGAGGAAAGCCAUGCACACUUCCACCAACUGCUACCUGUUGGCGCUGGCAAUCUGGGAUACACUGGUCAUCAUCUGCACUUUACUUCUGAUGACCUUUCCGUCCUUGUCACCGGAGUUCAAAAAUCACGUGAUGCCGUAUGUGGUUGUAAUCAUGUACCCGCUCGCCCCUACCGCUCAAAUGUCCACUCUCUGGUUGACCGUGUCGUUCACAGUGGAACGAUAUAUCGCUGUAUGUCAUCCACUACAAGCUGCCCGGAUGUGUACAGUGGCGCGCGCACGAGUUGUCAUAGUGGCCGUAUCAGUGGCUUCCAUUCUCUUCAAUUUGAGUCGUUGGUUUGAAUACCGCUUAAACUUUUGCGAUCCGAGCGAGUUUAACAACAAUCAGUCCAGUCUUUCUUACGAACAAACGGAUUUGUGCGAUCUGAGCAAAUUUAACAACAACCAAUCAAGAAUUUCUUACGAACAGACGGAGUUCGGGAAAAACAACGAUUACAAACAAGUUUACUUCUUCUGGUUCUAUCUUCUGAUCAUGUUUAUCGUCCCAAUUACCUCGCUCUCGGUGCUCAACAUAUUCCUCAUUCUCGCCGUUCGCCAGUCUCAGAUUCAGCGCAAGGACAUGAAUGUCCGGCAGUCACGUGAGAAUAACGUGACCAUCAUGCUGGUUUCCAUCAUCAUUGUGUUUAUCAUAUGUCAAAUUCCUGCUCUGAUUUAUAACCUGGCGUGGUCCAUCGACAUCGACACAGUCCAAACCCAGUGUGGAUGGAACGUGCUCUCCAUUUUCCGCAACUUCAUGGUAACUUUAAACAGCUGUGUCAACUUCAUUCUGUACUGUGCUUUAGGACAGAGAUUUCGUCAUACCUGCAUUCGAUCGUUCUGCCGUUGUUUGAUAUGGACGGAAGAUGGACAUUCCUUCCGGUAUGUAAAUUCAGCGAUGAUGGCAUCAUCUUCUGUAAACACAUAUGCUAAAUACCGCUUAGUUUGUGCUAAGCGGGGUCUUCUAACAUUCCGAAUGGAAAACAUGGCACCCUCUUCCGGACUUGGGAGAAGAUCGACAAUGCAGACAUCUGAACUACCUACCAAGUCCUCGAUCAAAACGUCUAAAACGGACGGAAGUGGCGGACUGGUGCAAUCUGUGAGGAGUCCGUCUCUUACAGCCAAUAGGAGCCAUGCACACAAGGAGUGCCUUCUUGAUGACUUGUCGGACACCCAGAAAAGCAUCUAGUCACAAAAUACGAUACACAACAUCACCGAAAAGGGAUAUCUUAGAACAUCUAAUCAAACACAUUUUCAUGCAGUUGAUAGUAAAGGCUAAUUUUAGGAGUUUUAUAUAAAGAAAAUGGGGGGUUUUUUUCGCCCUAUCUCAUGAUCUUUAGUACAAGGAGACUGUGUUAAGUGCAUUCUGUAACAUGUGCUCGUAUUGUCGUUUUAAGGUCAUGUACAUGUAUGUGUAGGAUACCAAAAACAAACAAAAAAGUGUUUAUAGAAUUUUGUAAAAUUAUUUAAAAGUGUUUUAAUAUUGCUGAAAACCCGUAUUUACCUCAAAAAUUUACUAUGAGCCCACCGUUAUUUACCCAUUGUUCACAAAUCUUUACUUGAAAAUUCAAUAGAAAAACAUUACCCCAAAAUUUAAUCCUUUCAAACACGUCUUUUUAUUGGUGUAUAUCGUGUAUUAAUGAUAGAUUUACAUUGUUGUUUGAUCAAAUAUUUAGAUAGAAAAUCCAUGUAAACAAAGCAAAGUCCUAUUUUCAUUUAUGCGUCCAAAAUCUUGAUUGGGUAUCCUAUGACCUUAAUAUAUAUAUUAUUUUUUUUUGAAAACGUUGAUAUUUACGAAUUGAUAUAUACCGUAUAUGCACUCCAAAACGAGGCAUGGAACGGCAUAUCAUGACUUUUUCGUGACAUUUGGUGACCAUACUAUACUACCGAGUUGCGAAUCAUAUCAUUCAAAUCAGCAAGAAAAAUUUAACAAAGAAAGGGUCGCUUCUGGUAACUGUAGAACUGUAGCCGACUGGUUACAACGGAUGACCAGUCGCGGUCUUCCGGUAUAAAUCAUAUCUGGGGGGGAUGUCAUACGCCAUCAGCUGUUAGAUGUGGUGACAUGAGGACCUAUAUUAGACGUACUGAACCACUCAGCAGUGAGGCUUCUUCAUCGUGCCGACAUCAGCUGUUAGAUGUGGUGACCUCCACUCAGCAGUGAGGGUUCUUUAUCGUGCCGACAUCAGCUGUUAGAUGUGGUGACCUCCACUCAGCAGUGAGGGUUCUUCAUCGUGCCGACAUCAGCUGUUAGAUGUGGUGACAUCCACUCAGCAGUGAGGGUUCUUCAUCGUGCCGACAUCAGCUGUUAGAUGUGGUGACCUCCACUCAGCAGUGAGGCUUCUUCAUCGUGCCGACAUCAGCUGUUAGAUGUGGUGACCUCCACUCAGCAGUGAGGGUUCUUCAUCGUGCCGACAUCAGCUGUUAGAUGUGGUGACCUCCACUCAGCAGUGAGGGUUCUUCAUCGUGCCGACAUCAGCUGUUAGAUGUGGUGACCUCCACUCAGCAGUGAGGGUUCUUCAUCGUGCCGACAUCAGCUGUUAGAUGUGGUGACCUCCACUCAGCAGUGAGGGUUCUCUAUCGUGCCGACAUCAGCUGUUAGAUGUGGUGACCUCCACUCAGCAGUGAGGCUUCUUUAUCGUGCCGACAUCAGCUGUUAGAUGUGGUGACCUCCACUCAGCAGUGAGGGUUCUUCAUCGUGCCGACAUCAGCUGUUAGAUGUGGUGACCUCCACUCAGCAGUGAGGCUUCUUUAUCGUGCCGACAUCAGCUGUUAGAUGUGGUGACAUCCACUCAGCAGUGAGGGUUCUUUAUCGUGCCGACAUCAGCUGUUAGAUGUGGUGACCUCCACUCAGCAGUGAGGCUUCUUUAUCGUGCCGACAUCCACUGUGAAAAGGAACUUCAUUUUAACCUGAGAGACCCGAGAUUUUCAUCUCUAAUGUCAAGCGCUUGUCGAGCGUUUAACGCGUCGGGUUUGAAGCUGCCGCGGUUCAAACCCUCGAAGCAAGCUCAAACACUUUGCCGAUUAAGAUACCGUGAGCAGUCAGAAUUUGAGAGUAUUUGAAUACAUACUUAACCUCUGGCGGAUGUCUCCAAACAUGUCAUAAUGAUUGGAUGUAUUAAUUCUUUGAACUCGAGCUUGCUUCCAUUUAUGUUUGAUACAUUUGAUGUUGGAGCGGAUACGGCCAUUCAAACCACAAUUUUCAAUCAAAUGACCCGUAAUUUUAGACUGAGGACUAGAAAGUAAUUGCUUUGUAUCAGUUGUGUUGCUACUUGGGAUUUCAUUAAUCGGAGCUUCAUCCCCGUAAUCCUCCAAUUCAUUUCAUCUGUGUUCACGAUAUAAAGUCGUCACGACAAACAGCGUGUUAGACUAUGCUAGAGGCGAGUGUUUGAAGAGAAUACGGGGACUUGUCCUUAUUGUAUGGCAAAUGGUUGUGAAUUUCAGUGUUAUCAGGUGACAAAUGCGAUUUCCUUAAUUACAGACUAGAUGUUCGUGUUUUGUCGUAAUUUCUAUUCAUCAAAAUAAAAAAAAAAAUCAAGUGUGCUUUAUCUACACGAAUUUUUCGUUCAGAUAAAAACAAUUUGAGAGUUCAAUUAUUGUACUGAUUUCAUCUCUUGGAAUUUCGUCUCAUAUUGUAACAUUUGUUUUCAUAUCUAUCAAAACAGUGAAAAACUAUAAAUUGCACAUGUGGUCGAUGCGUUUUCAACUUUUAAAUUACAUGUUGCAUAAAUGCACAUGACAUAGUUGCAUAAAUGAACAUGACAUAGUUGCAUAAAUGAACAUGACAUAUUAAAGGAAUAUUUACAUUUCUA